AUGCCCAUCCCCACAAGGUCGCAUUCUCUACGCGAUCCUCUGUCAGCCCAGAGAAGAAAGCCUGCAGGCCAGGAUACAGCGACUCCCACCGGCACCAGUCGACCUGGCCUUACCAGCAGACCCACCCGCACAACCUCCGUAUCGACAGCGUCUGUAAAACCACCUAGCCAUGCCCACACGACCUCUGAAGGAAGCGUGUCCGCUGCAAGCACGCCUGGUCUCACAUCGCGAAGGAGCUUUCUGCCGCGCGGAAACCCUGCCGGUAUUCCCGCCAACAGAACGGUGACCGCCCCGCUGAAAGUUCAGAUCCCAGAACCGCAGACGAAGCAGUCGAGAGAUGCGCAGUCGGGUGUGUCGCCGUCUACACGGGAUAGUGUGUAUUCGCCAGUUAAACGAAGUGGUGGUUCGGCGUCGGCGGCGGAAUCUAGGUUGGGGGAUGGGAAGAACCAGCAGCAGCAGCGAUCAACGGAAGGGUCGAGUUCCGGACAGGCGAAAACAGGUCAUUUACCGACGACGAGAUUGGAUAGAUCGGCUUCUCUGAGGCAGCCGGCUACGUCGAGAGUAGCUUCUGCCACGAUGAGCCAUGCGAGACAUCGGAGCCAGGCUUUCAAUUCGGGGAAUGCGGGACAGGCGGGAACAACGCAUCGGCAGGAUAAAACCGCGACGGACAGCCAGCCGGCGGCUUCGAGGCUUGCUAAACCGCAGUUUAAUACAUAUCAGCAACAUUAUAGUCCGAAAAAGCCGGCGGCCAAACCGUCCAUGAGUAGUUUGUCCAUGGCUGCUGGAGAGAGUAAUGGCGCGGUAUCGUUGCCUCCGCAUGUCCCUCUUUUGCAGACCGAACUGCUCCAGCUAUAUCUCCUGCACUCUCAAGCUCUUCAAACGAAACGACAAUGGGAGACUAGCGCCGAUACCAAGUGUCGAAAGUUACAUGAGUCGGUCGUGACCACUUACCGGUCAGUCCUUUCCGAUGAGCAGUCUAUACAGCAACAUCGCAAUAUAGCAGCAAUCGAUCAGUUUGCGGCUGAGAUUAAAGCGUCCAACAGCCGCUACGACUUCUUGACCCAGAUACAGAUGUUGUCGAAAGUCAUCCUGGAGGUUUCGGACCUUACUGAAUCGCAGGAUGGGAGGUAUAACAUCGCUGUGCGAGAAUUUGAGGAGUGGUCUUCACGCGUAAUGCAGGUCAGGCAGCACAGGUCACAGGCGAAGGGCGAGAAUUCCGCCGCGAUCGAGAAUGGUUUGCGGUUUAUUAAUUCAUUGAGUGAUAGAUGGAGAAACGAUGUGGCUUCCUUGUCGGCGAAACUGGAGCUAUGUUCCCGCGAACUGGAUUGCUUAGAAGUUAUAGGCCCAACUUCGGACGACAAAAGUGCUUCGGAUUAUGACGCUUCUGCAUUGGUGCGAGCUGUCAGGGGACAUAAGGUCUUGAUACAAGCUAUGAUAGAGGAAUUGGAAAUCAUGGCGAAGACUGAGGCUGAAGCGGUGAAGAUGGAGAGGGCAUGGGUGAAGAGAAGAGUUGAAUCUCUCCGGGGACGUAGAUGCGGAGGCGGCGGUGUUGAAUUGGCGAUUCCGGCAUGGAAGCAGCUGUAA